CCAGCUGCGUCCGUCGCCGUCUCCUGGUUGGUCCACCGUGUCUGCUAGCAGUUUGCUGCUGAAAAUCAUGGGAGUUGGGAAAUGGAACUCUUUCGUCUCACGGAAUUGGUUCUUUUGGUAUGUCAUCGAUCACAGGCGAAAAAGGGAGGGAGACGGAGGCUGAUAGGUUCGAGUUGGAAGUAUUAAAAAGGCUCUUUCGAAAACACUGAUUCUGGAAUUUUGCUGAGUCUUGUCACGUCGAGCUGAUGGGGUCUCUGGUUCAAACAUCCAAUUCCCCACUCAUUCCUCGGUUUCGCACUUCACAUCGCAUCCUUGAGGAAGCUCGAGUUCAAUGUCGUUCAGGCGUGAGGUGUCGUUUGGUGGAGCCACUGAAGUUUGAGAAUGGGAAACCCUCCACCCCAGCCCUUCCGGCUGACAAAGAUCCAAGCUUCUUAGCCAGGCCUCAACUAGGCAACAUUGUCUCUAGAAAGAAUGACACUAGGCUGCGGAUAUUCUCUGGCACAGCUAAUCCUUCUCUCUCUCAGGAAAUCGCAUGCUACAUGGGGUUGGAACUGGGGAAAAUUAACAUAAAGCGUUUUGCUGAUGGUGAGAUCUAUGUCCAACUGCAAGAGAGUGUGCGAGGCUGUGAUGUAUAUCUUGUGCAGCCCACUUGUCCUCCUGCAAAUGAGAAUCUUAUGGAGUUAUUGAUAAUGAUUGACGCUUGUCGGAGGGCAUCAGCCAAAAAUAUAACUGCAGUGAUUCCAUAUUUUGGUUAUGCUAGAGCUGAUAGAAAGCAGACUCAAGGGCGUGAAUCCAUAGCUGCCAAACUUGUGGCAAAUUUGAUUACAGAAGCAGGUGCUAACCGUGUUCUUGCAUGUGAUCUUCAUUCUGGGCAGUCCAUGGGUUAUUUUGACAUCCCUGUGGACCAUGUAUAUGGUCAGCCAGUGGUACUAGAUUACCUUGCCAGCAAGAGAGUUUGUUCUGAUGACUUGGUGGUGGUAUCCCCUGAUGUUGGUGGUGUAGCAAGGGCACGUGCUUUCGCCAAGAAAUUAUCAGAUGCACCCCUCGCCAUCGUAGAUAAAAGGCGGCAUGGACACAAUGUUGCAGAGGUGAUGAACUUGAUAGGCGAUGUUAAGGGAAAAGUUGCAGUUAUGGUGGAUGACAUGAUUGAUACCGCAGGGACGAUAAGUAAAGGUGCAGCUCUCUUGCACCAAGAGGGAGCAAGGGAGGUAUAUGCCUGCACUACACAUGCUGUUUUCAGUCCACCUGCAAUCGAGAGGUUGUCGAGUGGUCUUUUCCAAGAGGUUAUCAUCACAAACACGAUCCCGGUGUUGGAGAAGAACUAUUUCCCUCAGCUCACUGUCUUGUCGGUGGCAAACCUCCUGGGAGAGACCAUCUGGCGAGUGCACGAUGAUUGCUCGGGUGGUUUUGAACCCUAUUCGAGCCUGGGCAUCGACUGACCCGAUCAAUCGAUAACGGCGCGGUGACAUACAUUGGGAGCCCAACAAUAUAUAGUUAGGGCAAAAUUGCUUUGCCCAUACUGUCUUCCAAGAGUAGAGAAGCUGCAAGCAGCUUCGUAUGCUGCUGAGAACUGAAUGGAAUGGUGGUUGAAAAUCGACUAGCCUGUAGCCUUGGUUUUGGUUUAUGUGAUGUUGUCCCUUAGGCCUGCCUAGAGAGGCAACGGAAAGGAAGUGUUGUCUCUUGUAAGUUGUAACUUGUAACCAUGAAAGCUACAGUGAGUGAGGUGUGUUUGUUUGUUGUACUAUCAUCACCAAACCAUAAAUGGAAGUGUAUAAACAAGGUAUGACAUGUAGUCCCAUAGAUGAGCAGAGAAUCAGUUGAUCUCAAUGUAGUUAAAAUUGUAGUUUAUGCUUUUACGCUUUGUAGGUCAUCUAAACGCUAACAGAUAGAAUCGUGUGUUUUUUUUCUGCGAUUUGUGCAAUAACGUAGUCAAUAUCGCGGUUUGAAAUUUACA